UCACCGGCUUCGAUGUGAAAACUUGACGUCGCUCGCACGUAUCCAAUCGAUGCGAGCCAAGCGCCAUGCGUUUCUUGUGGCGGCGACGGGACGAUGUCGCUGGCCUCAACCGCCCCACUGAAGCUGUCCGACGACCUCCGCACCCCACAAGAGCUGGAGGAGCGCUUCGUCCUGGCCUGGGGAGCCAACGGCCAGCGACAAUGCCUCACGGAGGGUCUGGUGCCGAACCCCAAGUUGGUGCCCUUCCAUCGCGCUUUGCGGUCCCUGGCCGCCGGAUGGGAGGGCUCCUUGCUCAUUGACUCGGAUGGCAGCCUUUGGGGUGGCGGCAGCAAUCGCGGGCAGUGCAUGUCCGAGGAGCUCAGUGAUGAGCAUGUUCCGCUGAGCCGGCUGGACAUCGCAGAGCUGGACGGCGUGCCCUUCGAGGCGGUCCAGAUGGGCCGGGACCACAUCCUGGGCAUCCUCGAGCACGGGCGGGCUGUGAUCUCAUGGGGCCCCUCCAAUGAGUUCGGGCAGAUCGGGCACGGGCUGCCCUACCGCUCCCGGGUGCGGCCCGGCGUGGUGCACCUGGGCGGGGUCUUGGUGAAGCAGGUGGCCUGUGGCGAGCACCACUCCUUGGUGCUCACCGCCCAUGGCGAGGUCUUCUCCUUUGGCUGCAACUUGCACGGGGCGCUGGGAUCUGGGCGUUGUAGCUCACAGGAGCAGGCCGAGCGCGUGGUGGGCAACCACCUACGCUCCAUGCCGAUACGGGGCAUUGCGGCUGGGGCGCAGAGCUCCAUGGCGCUGUCCAUCGGCGGCCACGUCUUCACCUGGGGUUCCAAUGGCCGCGGACGCUUGGGCCUCGGCCCCGCCUAUGACCAAGAGCCUACAGUGCUGGCGCCGGUGGCGGUCCCGAACCUGCCGGGGGUGGCGCGUGCCGUGGCUGCGGGCGGCCAGCACUCUGCGGUGAUCCUGCGGCGGGGCCGGCUGUUCUUGGCCGGAGACAACCGCUCCGGCCAGCUGGGGCAGUCGAGGAAAGAUGUGGACUGGACCAGCACCUUCUUCGAGUUGCCUUUUCAGGACUACAUGCUGAGAGUGCGGACUGUCGCUCUUGGCAAGAAGCACACGUUGAUCCUGUCCUACGACGGCCAGCUGUAUGGCUGCGGCUGCAACGGGGACUCCCAGCUGGGUUCCUUGGCCUCGGAGCCCGUGGACGUGCCGCUGAAGCUGAAGCUGGACACGGCGAAGGAGUCCAUGGUGGUGGGUUUGUCCUCCUGCCACGACCACUCCGUGGCCAUGGUGGUCUCCUCCACCGAAGCCAUCGAGGCCCCGAAGCCUACGCGGCCCCAGACCUCCGCCACGGCCAACCGCCCGGACCGCGCGGCAAUGUUCAAGACAAUCAACACGAUGAACACCAUCCAUGAAGAUCUCCCGAGUGCGACGGAGGAGCAACCCGAGGGCCUGCGGCCCUCGACGGGCACCGGCAGCCGGGCGAAUCUGAGUUGCUGCCUCAGCCGUGUGAGCCGCAGCCCCCGGGUGACUCAGCCACGGAAGCACGACGAAGGCAACUUGGCGGAGGUGGUCUUGCUGCAGCCGGUGGUGCAGCCCGGGGUGGCGGCCUCCGUAGGCUUCGCAAGUCUCUCCGUGGCGAAGCUCACGCUGCUGAUCCAGGCUGCCACUUCCCCUGCUGCCUUGGAAGAUCUCAAGAGCUCGCUGGCCACCGCCUUCGCCGCGCCCUCCCUUCUCAACGCCUCCUUUUGCUUUCCGGGGCUCUACAAACCCCGCCUGGAUGCCGGGGGGCUGCUGACCGCUUUCAAGGCCCUGAUUCAGAAUCCGGAGCUCUUCGAGAAGGUGGAGAUGCACGUGGUGAACGCUGCCUUUGAGGGUCUCAGUGUUUGGGCCAACGACCACGACGAAGCUGCGUCACUGGUGCAUCGGGACCAGCUCCGGGGUCUCUCCGCGCUUCUGCUCUCCCCGGUCUUGGCAGAGCCAGAGAAGCCUCAGCCCUAUGAGGUGAUGUCUCGCAUCAUGCGCCUGGUGGCCUGGAUGCCGGCGGAGGGCCGCCGGGAGCUGCAAGAGGUUCUCGUCGAGGACUGCUCAGAGGAGGAGGUUUUGCGGAGCUUGGUGAGCCGCGUGAGGACCCACUGCGACGAGACGGUAAAGCGGGCGCACCAAAUGCAACGCCUCUCACCAGAGAUCUGGGAGGGGCUGAUGCUUCUGCAGCUGCUGUGGGGCGCCAACGAGCUGAUUGCGCAGCGCCUGGCCUCGUCGCUUCGCACCUCCGAGUUGGACCUGGGCCAAUCCCUGUCCACCCUGAAAGGCGGGGCGGCCACGUUGCGGCGCUUCACGCUGGCGCCGUUGGUGCGCGCGCCGGUGGAAGCCUUCGACUUCCACCUGCAGAGCCUCGCGGAGGAGAAGGUGCCGCCGGAGUUGGAGUUCCGACUCUUCGUGGAGAACGCCUGCGCCGGGCCCAUCACUCCCGCGGAGGUCUUGGAGCUGCCGCUCUACGCCGCGCGCACCGACUACGGCUUCGAGUAUGUCCUGCCCAGCAAGAUGAGGAGUUUCAUGGCCAACCGAAAUCUGGUGCCUGUGUCCUACACCCGCAAGGUGCUUCAGGUGGAGAACCACCACGCGCAGGUGUAUUUGCAGCACCAGGUGGCAAGGAGGGUGGCGGCGGAUUUGGAGGUGCUCCCGGGGCACGAGAUACACAUCGACCCGGCGCUGCUCUUCUUCAUCCUCAAGGUGCACCGCGACCGGAUCCUCGAGGACACCACGGCGGCGCUGCAGAAGGCGACGCCCGAAGAUCUCCGGCGCCAGCUGAAGGUGGUCUUUGAAGGUGAGCAGGGCGUCGAUGAGGGCGGCCUAGCAAGGGAGUUCUUCCGGCUUCUGAGUGCCAAGGUCUUCACCACGGAGUGUGGGCUCUUUGACCCCGUGGUGGCGCAGAACGCCCGAGUGCUUUGGUUCAACUCCAGCUCCGCCAGAGAGUCCACGGACUUUUGGCUGGCCGGUGUGAUCCUCGGGCUUGUGGUCUACAACAACAUGCCGGGCCUGGAUGUGCGCUUCCCGCCAGUGGUCUUUAAGAAGGUCAAGAACGAGGCCUUGGUCUUGGAGGACUUGCGGCACGUGCACCCGGACACCUACCUGUCUCUGAGGUCUCUGCUGUCCUGGGAGCCCGAGGAAGAUCUCAAGGAGUCGGAGCUCAACGCCUUGUUCGAGAACACCUUUUGUCUGGACUUUGUGAUCACCUAUGAGCUGAACGGCAAAACCGAGACCCGAGAACUGUGCGAAGGGGGCAAAGACCGCAUGGUCUCCUACAAGAACCGUGAGGAGUUUGUGCGGCUUUACUGUGAGUGGCUGCUGACCGAAAGCGUGGAGCGCCAGUUCGAGCCCUUCAGAAAAGGGGUGCGCCGGGUCUGCGACUCGCCCCUCUUCAACGCCUUGCACAGUGCGGAGCUGGAACUCAUCGUCUGUGGCGAGCAGGAUCUGGACUUUGCGCAGUUGCGGAAGAAUGCGCACUACGACGGGUUCCAGGAGGAUUCCGGGUACAUCAAGUCCUUCUGGGACUUGUUGCUGAAGUUCGACUUGGGCCAGAAGAAGCGGUUCCUGUCCUUCGUCACAGGCAGCGACCUGGCGCCGGUGGGCGGUCUGCAGGAGCUGCAGCUGGUGAUCCAGCGCAACGGGGAUGAGCCCACCGAGAGGCUUCCCACUGCUCAUACCUGCUUCAACCUCCUGCUCCUGCCGGAGUAUGCGAACUCCAGCAAGCUCGAGCGCCUGAUCACCACUGCCAUGCACAACGCGGAGGGCUUUGGCUUGGAGUAAGGACGGGAGCAGCAAAUCAGCUUUGUGUACAAGGCUUUGCCAGUUGACUACCGCAUGUCAGCCUUCUUCCUCUUUGUACACAACUUCAUCGAGACCUACGACCUACGGCGCUGCUAGCGGCGUAGCGAGAAUUGGCCAAAGUGCCUCUUGGAGCCAGGCAAAGCCUGCGCAGAGAGAGAGAGAGAGAG